ACACACAAACACUGAGAAAGGGGGGCUGCGAGGGAGAGGGAGAGAGAGAGAGAGUGAGCAAGCAAGCCUAGCUAGGUUGGCUGGCUGGCUGUAGUUGCACAGGCAUAUCAUUACUGCAAGGGCAGACAGUGUGGAUGUGAAUUCUACCACUGCAAAACAGAAACGAAAAAGAGAGGCAAAGAGUGUACGGACUUUACAGUUUUGGGAAAUUCUGAAAAACAAAGUUCAGAAGUAUAGGUGGAUACUUUUUGUGGAAGCGAGAGGCGCUUAUUUUUUUCUUUAUUGUGGAUUGAGAAAGAAGCACUGGUGUGGAUAUGGACAGUAGGGAACCUACUACUGCAGGGGAAGACUCGCCGGUGUUACCGUACGCUUAGUCGGGGGAUUGGACGCGCACUGUGUAGGACUUCUUUCUGGAUGUUUGAUGAAGCGCCUUUUCACCUCUGCUAACUCUGGGAGACCUUGGAUUUACAAGGAACCGGGACCAGUGUGGGUUAUCUAUUGCUUUAGUUCUACCCCGGCAAAAGGAAGUUUCGCUUUUCAAGUAGUAAGUAAAACAUGGAGACUGUAACCCGACCAAGCUUUCAACCUCAUCCAGGACUGCAACAAACUCUGAAGCAGUUUCAUCUGAGUUCUAUGAGCUCUCUCGGCGGCCCGGCAGCCUUCUCAGCUAGAUGGCAACAGGAUAUGCUGUACAAGAAAGAUGGCAAGGACCCAGAGCCGGUCCUUCAUCUCCCUAUGCAGCCGCCCCCUGUGAUGCCGGGUCCCCUCUUCAUCCCGUCAGACCGCUCCACGGAAAGGUGCGAGACGGUCCUGGAGAGUGAGACUAUCUCUUGUUUCGUAGUCGGCGGAGAGAAGCGGCUCUGUCUGCCCCAGAUCCUCAACACCGUCCUGCGAGAUUUCUCCCUUCAGCAGAUCAACUCCGUGUGUGACGAGCUCCACAUCUACUGCUCCAGGUGCACGGCGGACCAGCUGGAGAUUCUUAAAGUCAUGGGGAUUUUGCCCUUCUCGGCACCUUCGUGCGGCCUCAUCACCAAAACGGAUGCGGAGCGCCUCUGUAAUGCCCUGAUUUACGGGGGUACCUUUCCACCGCACUGCAAAAAGGAGUUCUCCGGCUCCCUGGAGCUGGAGCUGACGGAGAAAAGCUUCAAGGUAUACCACGAGUGCUUCGGGAAGUGCAGGGGACUUUUCGUGCCCGAGCUGUACACGAGCCCGAACGCAGCCUGUAUACAGUGCAUGGACUGUAGGCUCAUGUACCCGACCCACAAGUUCGUGGUCCACAGUCACAAAUCCUUGGAAAACAGGACAUGCCACUGGGGUUUCGACUCCGCCAAUUGGAGGGCAUACAUCCUCCUCAGCCAGGAUUACACGGGCAAAGAGGAGAAGGCGCGCCUCGGGCAGCUUUUAGACGAAAUUAAAGAGAAAUUCGACUUCGCGAACAAAUACAAGAGGAAAGCCUCAAGGUCUUGUGAUGCGAUUCCAGCCAAGAAAUCCAAGCAUGAAGAUCCCACCUCUCAGUCACCUUCAACUGAUAAGGAAAAGCACCCUGACUGGCUACGGUCUCUCUCCUCUUCUGCAAAUAAGAGUCUCAGCUGUAUCCACCCCAGGCAGCGCCCGUCUGCCUUCCGGCCUUGGUCCCCAACCAUUUCCUCCAGCGAGAAGGAAACCUCUGCACACCUUCCAGCUGUGCUCCGUGACAGCUUUUACAAUUACAAAAGUAUAGAGAGCUCAGUGGCACCAAAUGUGGCCCUGACCCCUCUGCCUCAUCAGAAAGUAGGGCAGCAUUCCCCGUCCACACCUAAUGUCUCCCAUGCCAAUGGCAGCGAUGCCCCCAGUGACAACGGCAACUCCAGACCACGGAAGAGAAGGCUGACUGAUGAGAGCCACCAGGCAGCGGAGCUGCCCUGCCCCCCUGCCCCAGCGAGCACUGCCCCUCAGGAAGACAAAGACUCCGAGGGUGAAAUCGAGGUGGAGAGCCGUGAGGAAUUCACCUCCUCCCUGUCCUCCCUCUCGUCCCCUUCCUUCACCUCUUCGAGUUCAGCCAAGGAUCUGAGCUCCCCGGGGAUGCAGGCGCCGGCCUCGGUGGUGCUGGCCUUUGAGGGCCAAGGCCCGCUGAGCGAGGCCCACUGCUCGGGCCUGGAGUCGGAGCUGGAGUCGCUGAGGCAGGCCCUGGACAGCGGCCUGGAUUCCAAGGAGGCCAAGGAAAAGUUCCUGCACGAGAUAGUGAAGAUGAGGGUGAAGCAGGAGGAGAAACUGGGCUCUGCUCUGCAGGCCAAGCGCAGUCUCCAGCAGGAGCUGGAGUUUCUGAGGGUGGCCAAGAAGGAGAAGCUGAGAGAGGCCACCGAGGCGAAGCGCAACCUGAGGAAAGAGAUCGAGCGACUGCGCGCGGAGAACGAGAAGAAAAUGAAGGAGGCGAAUGAGUCACGGAUACGUCUGAAGAGGGAGCUGGAGCAGGCCAGGCAGCUGAGGGUGUGCGACAAGGGCUGUGAGGCCGGAAGACUGCGGGCAAAAUACUCAGCACAGAUUGAAGACCUGCAGAUGAAGCUCCAGCACGCGGAGGCGGACAGAGAGCAGCUGAGAGCGGACCUCCUCCACGAGCGCGAGGCCAGGGAGCAUUUGGAGAAAGUGGUCAAGGAGCUGCAGGAACAACUGUGGCCCAAAGUGGGGAGCAAGGAGACGGCAGCAAAGGACUUGGAAAACUAAAACCGGAAGACAGACAAGAAAACGCAGUUUAAUAUGAUAUUCAAAGCAUAAACAUAUAUUCAAAAUGUGCAUACGCACGUGUGCAUCACCGCACACAGAAAAGUAAUAUUGAGACUUGUACAUGUACAGUACCAGGAGGAAACAUGUUACUAACAUAAGCACUGAGACGCGCCUCUAAUUAAAAAUGACAAAGUUAAAUCCAUGGCACGAAAAUGUUAUAUAUAGCACAAGAAGUUUGUUGUGCCUAUUUUCACUGAAAAAAAAAAAAUUUUGGAUACAGACUUUUCUAUGAAUAACUAAUUACAAUAAUAACAUGAAAAGAAAUUCAAACGCCCCCCGUGGAGCACAGUGUAAGAAGUGAAGCAGUAAAACAGGAGUCACAGGCACAAGACAACAUGGCUGAGACUUUUUAAGAGGGCCUUCAGUGCUGGUUCUUUUCUUCGUCGUUGUUUGUUUGUUUUUUUCUGAACAUUUUGAGGAUUUAAUUUUGUAAUAAGCUAUUUAAGAGACUGCAUCGGAGACUUGAGUUUAUAUAUAUAUAGAAAAGACAUUUUUUCGUUGUUCGUUUGUGUUGACAGAGCCUCAAAAAAAAAAACACUUGACAAGCAAGGCAAACUCCCAGCAAUGCCACCAUUUUCCAACUCUUGGUUCGAAGAGAAGAAUCCAACAUUGACAUUGGAUAAAAGGAUUUUUUUCUUGUUAUUAAAAAAAUAUACAAACAUGAGGUUUACACCAGAAACAGAAGGGAGAACUGCAGCUGUCUGGCUUUACUUUCUGAAGAGUUUUAGAAAUGGCCUAGCAUUCUUAUUUUGGGGAAAAAAUCAGUUAUCGUGUUCAGGGCCCCCUUUAAACAAAUGAGCACUUCAGUGGGAUAUGGUCUGCAGGAUGUCCAAAAGAUUACAUGCAGAAUUUACUCUCAUAAAUACACACCCACACAGAUUUUCACCUGUGUGUGUUUGUGUGUAAGAAGCAAAAACAUAUAGGACUCAUUCUGAAAUUUGUCAGUGUACCUUCUUUACAAAUGCUUUUUUGUAUACAGUAUUUAUCAAUUUAUUUCUGUUGAAAAGAAAUCAGUGCUAGAAUACGCAUGACUACAUUUAAUGUUUUUCUUUUGAAUACUAAAAUCUUUACAUACCUUGCUGCUGUUCAAAGUUAAAAGGCCAUUUUUAAAUACAAUAAUUGUGGGGCUGGAAGCCAAGCCUUUAUUAAGAACCACGCAAAUGAUGUUUUUAAUUCUGAUAUUAUGUAUAAUUUCUUAAAACUUUACAGUAAUGAAUCGCACUUUGUCCAAAAUACUGUAUACUGCAUUUUACUCCCACUCUUGUCCUUUGCCUUUCUUUUCAAGAAAAAAAUGUGCUUUUUAGAAAAACAAAAAAUGAAAAAAGCUUUUCUUCAUCAGUAUGUCUCAUUUAAAUGCCGUGUAAUUACAUGUUAAAGGCUAAAUAUUGUAAAUAAAAACACAAAAAAAGGUGUCUAUAUGUUUGCUUGCUUAGACAGUUGUCUGCACAUAAACUUGUGGGCUGCUUCUGGAAAUCAGUUGAAGAUUUGGUUUUGUAAUUGAAGCUUUUUGUGUUUGAUUUUUUUUUUUAUCAUUUAAAAUCACAUUUUGGAAUAUUUGCAAAAGAAAUGGUUCAUUUUAUUGCAGCAUUUUCUUAGCUAUAAAAGGUGCAAAGCCUGAAAACCCAGGACAAUAGAUGUUCAAUACUGGGUACCUGUCUUUCCUAAAAUUCUACUAUUUCCAAGAAGUAAGUUUAUUUUACACAAUGAAAUGCAUUACUGCAGCACAGUAAGAAACAGGAAGGGAAAAGCAUUAAAUAAACAUUAAAUGUGACAGAACACAUGACCUACAGAUUUGGUUGUAAAAGUCUGAUUGGUUAUUUAUAUGUAUUUCCAAAUGCUCCAGAUCCACUGCGGGUACAACACAGUCAGAAUGUUUGUUGUGUUUUUACUGUUUUUUUUUUCUUGUGGGGACAUUUUUCUUGCUUGUCUGUAUGUUUGUUUUUAGUAGCAAACUCUUCUGUAUAUAUAUUUUUUCACAUGCAUGAAAUUUACGAAAACUCUGCCAUACGUAUAUUCAUUAUUGGGCAUUAAUACUGUAUAUGUAAAGGGUUUUAUUGUGUUAUGCAAUAUAAAGCAAAUUUGUCUUUUUAAAAAAAUCUGUAUUUCAAACAAUUUUCAUUUUUUUAAAGGAAACUAAACCUCAUUAAUGUUACGUUUCAGACAAAAAAUACAUAUUUUAUUAUUUUUUAUAUAUAUGCAUAUAUAUAAUAGCUUAAUGUUCAAAUACAAUGCUGGACAACCUCAAGUGCCUGGAAUUUGGCAUAAGGUUUCCAGAGUAGGGAAAAUGAAGUUGUCAGAUGUUUCUGUUUUCCUUUAAUUUGUUUGGGGUUUUUUGCGUUUCUAGCCUCUAAGAUGCCUCAGAUGUACUAGGAUUGUCUGAGUGACGCCUACUUUCCCAUGUAAAUGGUUUUGUAGAUCAAGUGGCAUCUUCUACUGGCUGUCUCUAUCUCGGUAUUUACUGGGCUCCUCUGUGCAACUUAACAACAAAACAGAUUUUGACAAAACCACCUUUUUUUCCCUCCUAGGCUGUCCAAAGUUUUUUUUUUCCCCUUUGUUACUAGUUAUUGGUUGCUUUACCUUCUGGUAUAACUUCCAUUAACAGUUCUUGUGAAAGAAAAAAAACAUUAUGGUACAGCCAAAAGAUCUCUGAAAAAAGUUUCAGAUAUUGAAAAUGGAUUGAUGCAAUUAUACUGUAUGUGUAGCAAAAUGAAUUGUGAUCGAUAAAAAUGACAGGUACAUUUUAUUCACUCCAGGGGCUUAAAUAUAUUAAUAUCGAACUAUACUGCUAGAUGUGUAGAAAUAUGGAAGCCCAGGUAAUUUGAAUUGAUGUUUUUUUACCAGACUAAUAUUCUGUACCAAAUGUAAUCUCAGGCUAAGAAACAUCGUGAGAGGGCAUUAAGAUCAAACCUCAAUGUGGACUCUCCAUUUUCAAAGGCAGUGCUAUUUAAAGUCUCAAAUAAUGUGCAAAUAAUUUUCUGUAUCCUUGUAGUUGCACAGAAGAACCCAAGCUGUAUUUUUAGAUGUUCAUUUACACUAAAAGAAAACCUUACAUUUAGUUUCCUUUACAUUUUUUUAGAGGAAGAAAGGGAGAAGAGGUGUUAAUAGGCUCUUUACUCUCCCCUUUUCAAAAAAAUAUUUUGUUCUGUUAUCAAUUACAUGAUUAUUUUCUAAACACACAAAAAACGUUUUUCUAAAUGGAAGACAAUAAAACAGCAAUAACAGGUUACAGUAAGAACAGCUAUAUCUGCUACCUGACAUUUCACCAAGCUAGCCAGUGUAAAGAAAAAAAAAUAAAUUUACACAUGUAAAUAUUUUUUCAUUUUACACAAGUGUAUUAUAACUGUAUAUGGUGUUUACUUUUUCAAAAAAGAACUCUUUUCUUACACAAUAGCUGUCUUGUUUUAUGAGUUGUGUUUUAACAUAGAUAACAAGUUUCGAAACAAUUAUUGCAGUGCGUUAGUGAAUAUUCCCUACAUAAACAUAGCUUUCCCCCAUUAUUUGGCUUUUAUUCCACUGUAGAACCUUUUUUAUUGUUUUUAUUCACCAGUCCAUUUAUACAUAUUUUUUUUUAUCAUUUUAACAAAUUGCUGAAAAACGUACUUUUGCUCAACAGUGGUCACACGACAGUUUUAAAAAAAUACCACCACACAGCAGAUAAUUUUUCAUCCUCAUAUAUCUUUUUAGCCCUAUGCUGCUGCUAAUAGUAUAUAAACUUUACAGUUCUAGAACUAUUUUUAUGUAAGAGAUAAAUGUAUGCUUUCUUGUUUAUUAAUGCCGCAUAUAUGAAAAAAAAAAGCUUGGCUUAUUUAUCUAUUUUGCCCUUUGACCUUGUCUUUUUUUUUUGCGCCUUUUCCACUUCCCUCCCCUUGUCCCUCCUCCCUCUGUCACGACACGGACUAUAUUGUAAAAUAAAGGACUUUAUGAGAUUAUGUUUGAAAAUAGCUAUGCUUAUAUACCACAGUGACUGAAUGUACAGUGUAUAGAUGCAUUACCAGAAAUAAAGUUGUUUGUCCAGA